GUGAAGUGUACGGGGAGACCUCGAAAAUUCUAACCCUUUGGCUGCUGUCAUAUGUUAUGUAGUAAGCUGUUAGUAGCCCAUGUGCCUAAUGCUAAUAAUUUGGUCCCUUUUCCCCUCUUAAUUAGCCCAUAGCCUGUUUUAGAGAAAUGUAGUCAUUGAAUAUUGUAAGAGCUUUCAUUGUCUGCAUAUAUGCCCCCGUUAUUUAUCCUACGGGUCUGACUUGGUGUACAGGGAGAAUACUGUAAGAACUGCCCAUGUUCUGAAUUCUGUCGCUGUACAUUUCAAAAGUGCUGAACAAAUAGUUAUAUUGACAACGUCCGUCCUAGCUCGCUCAUUAAUGUCUUAAUCGGAUUGCAUCUUAUCUGCUCAUCGUUCUCUUAUGCCAUAGUUUGUACAUCUCAAUUGUCAGUAGAAACCACAUUUGUUUAAACAAAUCAGCCGUAUCAGCUAUGUUUUUUAAAAAGGCAGUAAAUGAGGCUGAAUCGCUGCCAGACAAGGUUCCUCUGAUAGCCAGGUGUAGCAGUGGUAAGGUGUUGGGACUCUGCUGUUGGGAAAGCUUUAUGUAGGCCAUAAGUUUGUGGGCACCGUUUGUCACCGUUAUAGUGCAAUUAAUGUAUUGUUUUGUGUUGUAUAGUGGCAUUGCUGGCGUGCAUCAUUAUUUUUGUUUGCCCCACCAAGAUCUGCAUGCUAAAAUCACCACUGGGUCAUGCUCAGGUAAAACAAUUUGGCUAAUUCUGAUAGACUUUGUUUUUUAAAGGAAAGAUAUAAUUUAAUUGUAUUAUUAUAUGUAGUAGAAAGUGAUGGGUUAGAAGAAGCCUACAUAACCAACCCAUAAAGUAAAAUUUAACAUCCAUAUAUGGCCAGAUAUGUAAAACUUUAAUAUUGAUUUAUCCUGCAAUAGAUGUCUUUCAAUUGGUAACAUACAUUUUGGUCUUCUUCUAAUGCCUCUUAAGGGGAAAGUAGUCUAAAAGUAAACGAAUAUAAUCAGAUUACGUUACUGAGUUUGGCUAAUCCAAAAGUUACAUUACUGAUUACAAUUUAGGACAGUUAACUAGUAACUUUUUAACGGAUUACAUUUCGAAAGUAACACACCCAACCCUGGUAAACACAUAUGCAGUACAGGAACCCGUGAAAACACUUUCCAAUAUGAUCCCCACCUUUCAUUUGUCCCUACAUUGACUCUAUUUAUUUAUUUAUUUUAGCCACGGUGCAUUAACAGUAUACAGUUUGAGGUGCAGGUGCGUUAAUGUCUCCAAAUGCCACCUGUCCCUCCACAUCCGGUACAUUUUGGUCAUCCAUAUAUUAACUGAUUUGGUCAACGCUGUAACUCAAACUCAGGUCCUGAUUAGUCCAAAAGGUACAAGGAGCACGGCGGAGUGCGGAUAGGCGUGGUGAAGCUAUCCAAACAGUCCUUGGUCAAUAGAACUGAGUGCUCGAGGGCUGGCGCUGUGGAUGAGGUGGGCGUUCUGCAGCAGGAGGGGUCUCUUCCUCUUGGGCAGCGGAGCGAGUUAUUUUGGCAAGCACUUUGAGAUGUGUAGCGAGACAGAGCGAUACCUGCUUACAAUCAUUGGAGAUAAGUUUGGAAAACAAGUGCUGAAGUUUUGAAUGAGACGACUCUGGGGUUGUCCAAGUGAUACAUUUGGCUGGACAAAGGAAAGCGUAACGAGUUUCCCAAACUUUGGAAAGAGAGGAGCGUAAGUGGACGUUUAUCCGAAACCUGUUUUCUACCCCGAGGUUCAGACCCCGAGAGCGGCUGCAUGAAGAGUGGAUUCUGUUUUAAUUGGAUUCAAAUGUGGAUUUUAAAUGAAACGCACGGGACGUGUUAGGCACCAUAGCGGAGAGAAACAUUGAGAUUAUUUUUCUAUCCGUUUUGCUUCCAAGUGCUUUUACUGUUCAGAGAGACGAGAUGAGAGGGGUUCAUCUUUUCAAGGCACGGGCGACUUCACCUGUCAUGCGGAAUACAAACUAGAGGAAUAUAACAUUGUUUCUUGUUUACGCCUGUGGUUACAGCUACUACAUUGAUUGGCGCGUGGCCGAAAUGCAAGGAAAGGGUGAAUUAAUUGUCAACUCAAGUAAUUGCAAAGCUUGGUGAAUGAUUUACAGUUGAAUGCAACCUAUUUAGAGCCUCGGUCGGCUUGGUGUUCAUAGUCCAUCUUCCCGAAAUCCUCACAAGAUUUAUUGGAUAAAACAGUGGCACUUUAUUUCGUGUUUUUUCGGAUCUUGGCUGCUGUGUUUAUAAUCACCAUGGUUCAUUCGAAAGGUGCUCAUGCUGUUGGAAGAGAAUGCGCGUCCUGCAGUCUGGAAUGAAACUUGUCUGUGAUUUAUAGAACAGAGGACUGUGGACAUGCUGCUGGAGCAAUACGCUCUCCUGAGAUUUCAUAUGUCGGAGAUGCAGUCAUAAAUGAAAGGAAAGCCUGAGCUUAGAAAAUACUGAAGUCCAAAACGCAAUUCCUGUCAUUUUUCUACCUAUAUUUUUUUCACGGAAAUAUCCCACUUCCCCAUGGCGACCACAGUCAAACCCCGGCUGUGUGGUGUCGUCCGCUGGCUGCUCGCGCUGCUCCUCUCCCAGCUGCCCCUGCUCGCGCACGCUGCCUCCAGGGACAUAGUGUGCGAGCCCAUCACGGUUCCCAUGUGUAAGGGCAUUGGGUACAACCUCACCUACAUGCCCAACCAGUUCAACCACGACACCCAGGAGGAGGUGGGGCUGGAGGUCCAUCAGUUCUGGCCCUUGGUCCGCAUCCGCUGCUCCCCAGACCUGCUCUUCUUUCUGUGUUCCAUGUACACCCCUAUCUGUCUGCAGGACUACAAGAAGCCCCUGCCCCCCUGCCGCUCUGUGUGUGAGCGGGCCAAGCGAGGCUGCUCCCCCCUCAUGAUCCAGUAUGGUUUUGAAUGGCCAGAGAGGAUGAGCUGUGAGCAGCUGCCUCAGCUGGGAGACGAGACUCUGUGUAUGGACCAGAACAGUAGCGAAACCACCACCCUCUCCCCUCCCUUCCCCAAACCCACCCCCAAGGGCACCCGCCGCAGGCAGCCCGUCCCCAAGCCCCCUGCCCCCCAGGAGUGUGACCGGGACUGCCGCUGUCGGGACCCUCUGGUGCCCAUCAAGAAAGACGCCCACCCCUUAUACAACCGGGUCCACACUGGCCCUGUGGAUAACUGUGCCCAGCCCUGCCACCACCCUUACUUCUCCCAGGACGAACGCACCUUCACCACCUUCUGGAUCGGCCUGUGGUCCAUCCUGUGCUUCGUCUCCACCCUGACCACUGUGGCCACCUUCCUCAUCGACAUGGAGCGCUUCCAGUACCCUGAGAGACCCAUCAUCUUCCUGGCUGCCUGCUAUCUCUUUGUCUCCCUGGGCUACAUUAUACGACUAGUGGCGGGUCACGAGAGGGUGGCGUGCGCUGGGAGCGGAGACCAGCAGCACAUCCUGUAUGACACCACCGGCCCUGCCCUGUGUACCCUGGUCUUCCUGCUCAUCUACUUCUUCAGCAUGGCCAGCUCCAUCUGGUGGGUGGUGCUCUCCCUCACCUGGUUCCUGGCUGCAGGCAUGAAGUGGGGCAAUGAGGCAAUCGCUGGCUACUCCCAGUACUUCCACUUGGCUGCCUGGCUGAUUCCCAGUGUCAAGUCCAUCGCGGUCCUCGCUCUGAGCUCUGUGGACGGAGACCCGGUAGUGGGGAUCUGCUACGUGGGGAACCAGAGUCUGGAGAGCCUGCGGGGGUUUGUGUUAGCUCCCCUGGUGGUCUACCUCUUCACCGGCUCCCUGUUCCUCCUAGCGGGCUUUGUGUCUCUGUUCCGCAUUCGUAGCAUCAUCAAACAGGGAGGGACCAAGACUGAUAAACUGGAGAAGCUAAUGAUCCGGAUUGGGUUGUUUACGGUGCUUUACACCGUUCCUGCUACUAUAGUAGUAGCCUGCCUGGUGUACGAACAGCACUACAGGCCUGGCUGGGACCGGGCUCUAUCCUGCUCCUGUCAGGCUGAGAGACAGAGGCUGGGCCUGGGGCCUGACUACGCCGUCUUCAUGUUGAAGUACUUCAUGUGUCUGGUGGUGGGCAUCACAUCAGGGGUGUGGAUCUGGUCUGGGAAGACCCUGGAGUCCUGGAGGAGGUUCACUGCUCGCUGCUGCCCCUGUUGGGUCUCCAAGCCCACCGUGCCCCCCUCCAUGUACAUCGAGGCCAGCACGGUCCUCAUGGGACACCCCGGGGCAGCUCUGCCACCAGGGUCCUACCACAAACCUGCCCCGCCCUCACACGUGUGAAUGGGAUCCUAGAGGGUAGAGGAGCCCCUAAUGCCAUGUGUUCAGUGAUAGCCCCGUCAUAUGUGAGAACGGGACUCACCUUGACGUUGGACAAGAUGGUGAAUGUGAUAAAGCAGUUCUCUGGAAGCAAAAGGGUCAGAGGACAACCAGGAGAUAACCAAGUCAUUCCACAGGUUGUAAAUACAACAUCAACAAACCUGCCUCACUGACUCUUUUCAUGGAACAUAGAACAGGAACACAUGUUUUUAACAGAAAAGAGGGAUAUUGUAGAAAUCACAAUGUGAAUUUCUUUGAAUGAAAUGGGAUGUUUGUAUCAUAUGAGCUCUUUGGUACAACUGGUACUCAUUGCUGCUUUGGCAAAGUACCACUACUUCAACAGACCCACAGGGGUAUUCAACUUGAAUACGUGAAGCCUGCUGGUUUUCUGUUCUAUCUGAUAAUUAAUUGCACCCACCUGGUGUACCAGGUCUAAAUCAGUUCCUGAUUAGAGGGGAACAUUGAAAAAAAUGCAGUGACACUGGCUUCGCGGACCAGAGAUGAGUUUGAGGGCACUAGAACAUUCUCUGGGGGGAAAAAGGGAGUUGUGUUUUCGUCAGACUGUGGAUGGAAGUAUAACCUGCACAUCUGUACUCCUGUCCAUCUGGACCAUUAGAUGACUCACUAUUUAUUACUGUAUAUAUGAUGCUCUAUAAAAGACUAUGGAUUUUGCUUACCCAGAAUGCCCCCGUUAUCCAGGGUAUUAUUCAGUGUGGGCACUGGGUCCUUAAUGGGUGAGAACAAAAUUAAGAAAAUAUUUCAUGUGUUUUGUUGCAAUCCCAGUGAUUUGAAUCACUAUUCAGUAUGAAUCUAGUGGAUGUGUUUGUAUGCUGCUCGAGUUCAAUUAAUCCAGUAUAUACCAAUACACACAAUCUUGCCCUAUUCUGCGCGGUAAAAUCCAGCUUGGUUGACUGACUGGUCUGUGAACACCCUAGCCGGUCUUUAUAGUAGUGGGAUGAAGAUCUCUAGCCCAACUGUUGACCAGAUUCUGGACUGGACCUUUGGUGAGGUCAUCUGAAAAUGGAUGUGUAGCCCACUAUUAUAUCAGUAAACAAGGGCCUCUUUUUCUCAACCAGUAUUUUCUGUUAGAAAUCAUUGUCAAAAGUAGCCUCUAUAAAACACAAAUAGCAGUUGUAGGGAGUUUAAUGCUUUGGAAUAGUUUUGAUAUGGACCAUGUUGUAAAGCGGUUUGGAGGGACUAGUCUGUUUGUCAAAUCAGUCUCACAGGCCAGAAGGGAUGGCCAAAGUGCACCUGGUCUCCCUCUGAGUACUAUACCUGUCUGUGCAUUACACCCCCUAGUGGUACACACUGGAACUGUUCGCACCAACCCAAUGGUAAAUGUACAGGUUUCGAUCACCUGUAAACUACACUGAACCCUCGGACACGUCACCUACGGCUCUGUAUACAUUUUCAAUGACCGCGUCAGUACUCACAUUGAGUCAGACGUUUACAAAAUGGUCAAAAUAUUUCAGUUCAAUGGUAUCCAGCAGGCAUAGGCCUACACAUCAAACUGUCUUCUCACAAGGGAUAUACUGGCUGUAGGAACUGGUGGACAGCUAGACUAGAACAUGGUUAACUUUGGAUGAACUAAAACCUUGUCCAGUUGCUGUUUUCUGCCUUUCUACUUUGUUGUGCUUCAGAGUUUUUCUAACUAGACUAGUGUGUAAAUGUUCCAGUGUCUCUAAUUUAUUAGCCUUUUUCCUGACGUUCAGUGUGAGAGUGUUCUACCCCAUCAUUUGUAAGUCUGCUUUGGCGUCCUUCAGUAGUCUGGACUGCAGCUUUGUGUGUACUACAUUCAAUGUGGCAAAUUCACUGCUGACAUUUUACAAGAAAGAUAUUUUCUAGAUAUUUCUGAAGAUGCAGCUCUCCCCUACUUUCAAUUAGCUCUCACUGCUAGAGAAUUAAACUGUGGACCAAUCUG